AUGCAUGAACGGCACAGCAGUGGCUCUUUAUUCCCGCUGCAUAACCGCUCCGUGUACAGUACACGUAAAAGCGCAGCAGUGUGCACGAAUUCCUUACAAACAAGUCAUCAACGAGGGAGGAGGGAAUAGGGCUGAACAUCAAUAAAAUGUCGCCAAUCGUACGCCAAAGGAGUUAACAGUAACUCGACGCCCGCUGAGUUCGUUCAAGCGCCGAGUGAAGACCUACAGUGUUGCAGUAUAGCCUAUGAGCUUCAGUACCCUGGCAGGUACUCAAGAAGACUCGGAGGGAAAACUGUUUCUGUCCAACAAGAAUCUGACACCCAAACAACAUGAAGAUCUUGCUGGCUUUGGCUUUUGUGCUGCUUUCUUCUCCUGAUCUAGGCCUGUGUGUGCCACAAGCCAGGCAGCCCCUUUCUGACUACUGGGAGGACUGGGGACCGUAUGGCGCGUGCAGUCGCAGCUGUGGAGUUGGAGUUAGCAUGAGGACACGCAGAUGUGUGACGCAGAGGAUCGAUGGUGGGAGCUGUGUGGGACCGGCCGUGUCCUACCGCACCUGCAACGUACAGGACUGUCCUAUGGGGUCCAGGGAUUUCCGGGAGGAGCAGUGUGCUGAGUUUGAUAGAAUGGACUUUGAAGGAAUGCGCUACAGUUGGCUGCCCUACUAUGGAGCAGGGAACCCGUGUGAGCUGAAUUGUGCUCCCAGAGGAGAGAACUUCUCCUUCCGCCAUCGUGCGGCCGUGGUGGACGGCACGCCCUGCUACCCAGGACGCACAGACAUCUGCGUGGGGGGCAUGUGUCAGCUGAUUGGUUGUGACAAAAUGCUGGAUUCCCCCCACCGAGAGGACCCCUGUCUGCAGUGUGGGGGGACCGGAGAGUCCUGCUACCUCAUCAAGAACACCUUUACCACACGCCACCUGCCUCAAGCUGGGUACAAUCAGAUGUUCACCCUCCCUGCUGGAGCCACCUCCAUCCGUGUCCGAGAGAACGUCGCCACGCGUAACUAUAUAGCGGUUAGGAAUCAACGCGGUGAGUACUACCUGAAUGGCCGUGGAGCGAUGGACUUUUCCCGUGCCGUACCCGUCGCUGGUACCAUGCUGUACUACCAGCGGGGUAUCGAGGGGGACCUGACCCCCGAAACCAUCACCUGCCGAGGGCCCACAUCCGAGCCGCUAACUGUAGAGUUGGUAACACAGGAGAGCAACCUGGGGGUGGAGUUUGAGUACUACCUUCCUUAUGACCAUGUCCCGGGCCACACCCCAGCCCAUACUCCGGUCCAUACCCCGGUCCACACCCCUGUCCACACCCCAGUCGACACCCCAAGCCACACGCCGAGCCGCAGCAGGACUGAGUACAUGUGGAGAGCUGGCUCCUGGUCUGCAUGCAGCAGGGAGUGUGGGUCAGGCUUCCAGUCCCGCCCAGUCUCCUGCGUCGUUGGCAGCGAGGCUUUCCCAGACCAUCUGUGUGCUGCCAUUCCCCGCCCCCAGAGCAACCGCACCUGCAAUACGCAUCAGUGUCAGCUGUUCUACAGCUGGUCGAUGGGAGAGUGGAGCACGUGCUCCGCCUCCUGCGGGCGGGGCAGUCAGACGCGCAGCGUGGAGUGCGUCUCUCACGACACGGUGAGCUCCCAGCUGGCGGCCGACUCCCAGUGCGCCGCCGUCUCCGCGCGGCCCGCCACCCUGCAGGUCUGCGAGCAGCUGCCCUGCACCGAGUACAGCGUCUCCAGCUGGAGCGUGUGUUCAGUGACGUGCGGCGAGGGCACGCAGACGCGGGAGGUGGUAUGCGUGGGGGGCAGGGCCGAGCGGCUCCCUGAUUCCGCCUGCGGCUCCCUCCACCGCCCGCACCACGCCCAGCCCUGCCAACGACCGGCCUGCCAACUCCACAUCUCCUGGCAUGUGGGGCCCUGGGGACUGUGCACUAAGAGCUGCGGCUCCGGGACGCGCGAUCGUCAGGUGAUCUGCUCCGACGCGGCGCGCAGCAUGCACGGGGUGGAGCACUGCGCCGCGGUCCCCAUGCCCCACACGACGGAGACCUGCAACGACCAGCCCUGCCGCGGCCCUCAGCUGGUGCCUAGCAUGCAGAACCCUAUAGGGUAUGACCGCGGCCCAAAUGGUUUCCUGCCCUACAUCCCUGAAGACAACUCAGUCCACAGGCCGGCAGAGAGACCCGUGAGUGGGGCACACUGUUCCCAGACCUACUAUGGCUGCUGCCCUGACGGCCAAACCUCUGCCAUCGGUUUCCACGGGGAAGGCUGCGCCCCAGAGCCCUGUGCACGCAGCAGAUUUGGCUGCUGUGCGGAUGGUGUGACCGCAGCAAGUGGUCCCGGCAGGGCAGGCUGUCCGGAAGUUGGUCUCCAUCCUGGGGAACGCAGCCCAACUAGGACGGAGGCUCAGGAGCCGUGCCACACCUCCGCCUACGGCUGCUGCUACGACCGUGUCACCCCUGCAGCUGGGCCUCAGCAGGAGGGCUGUGCCCCUCCCACUACCGACGCCCACGGUACUGCGUGUUCCCUGCCCUCCAGCGUUGGUCCGUGUGCCGAUUGGACGUCUCGCUUUUACUACGAUUCCACCACCGGCAGGUGCGUCCACUUCUGGUUCGGCGGCUGCCAGGGCAACCGCAACAACUUCCUCACGAGGGAGGAGUGCCGGAGGAGUUGCCAUGUCGACGGCUCCGCCCAGCCGCGCCCCGCCCUUGAGCCGAGGGGGGGCGCCGGGCCCGGCAGCACGGGGGGGUCGAGGAGGGUGUUCAUAACGCACCGGGGGUCGGGGACCGCUCGCCGGUACGGCUCCAGCGCCGCAGCCCAAGCCCAUAGAGUUCGCGUCCCGCACCGUCGCCUACGGCACACCCCCCGCAGCACCGCCAAGUGAGCUGCGGUCGCCGCGGGAACGCAGCCCGCCGCCCUUCAUCGCAACUGCUCUUUCUGGUCUUCGUCAACCGGUGGUGUUAAAUGACAUUAAAACCUGUAGUGUCAACUUCAACUUGUCAACUUCACACCAGUUUGUGUUACAGCACAGCUGUCACUGCAGAUGUCAUUAAACUGAACCGAGUGAGAGA